GUCCAGGCUCAGGGGUUCUACAAAAACACAGAUGUCUUUGAAUUAGACACAACAAACUUCGACAAGGUUGUCUUGGAUUCAAAUCAUACAACAAUUGUUGAAUUUUAUGCCCCAUGGUGUGGUCAUUGUAGAAGUUUGAAAAAAGACUAUACCAAAGCUGCAAAGCAUUUAAAAGAUAUCGUUCAAGUUGCUGCGGUGAAUUGUGAUUAUGCAAAGAAUAAACAUAUUUGUUCCAAAUAUAAAAUUGAAGGUUAUCCAACAAUCUUGGGAUUUAGACCUCCAAAGAUCAAUUUAGAGAAAUCGGAUCCAAUCAAAUAUGGGCAUGCUACUGAAAAAUACGUUGGUGCAAGAAAUACUAAAGGGAUUGUGGACUUUGCCAUUGGUAGAAUAAAAAAUUAUGUUAAAAGAAUUGCAACUGAAGAAAGAUUGAAUGAAUGGUUACAUGAUUCUAAAUCAGCACGUCCAAAAGUUGUUGUCUUUACAAGAAAGGAUAAAUUAUCACCGUUAUUGAAAUCUAUUGCUAUUGAUUUCUUGGGAAUUGUGGAUUUUGCAUAUUUCCCAUUAAGAGAAAGAGAAAAAAAUGUUUAUGAAAAAUAUCAAUUGGAAGAGAAAAGCUCUAAAGCUGUUGUUUACUUUUUUGAUAACGAUGAUGAACCUGUUAGACAUGAAGGUUCUUUAACUAAAGAGGAUAUUUCUCAAUUCUUGACCAAGUUUGAUUCAACAAAAGAAGCUACUGGUAAAGUUAUUAAAAAGCAAGAGUAUCUUGGGAAAGUUCAAAAAGGUGAGAAAAUCAAGAAAUCUGGGAAGUCAUCAUCACCAAAUGAUCAUGAUGAGUUAUAA